UAGACUAGAUAUCGGAUAAAGGAAUUGUUAAAGCUCCGGUAAGGUCAGGGCUUAACAUUUGCGUAGUAGUGGUGCUGGUGGGUAGUUUGGCAAAAGAGCUUUAACUGCCAAUGUCUGGCUGAAUAUUUAAAUAAGAGUGGAUCUGUAGUUUGUAGAUAAAGCUAUAUUGGCUCUUGAAUAAUUGCAGAUGAAACAUAAUUUAUGCACAAUAGAUGAGAGAGUGAAAGUUAAAAUAUAAGCUUUGAUGCAUAAUAAAUAAUAGAAAACUCGAUAUUUUUAAUGAAUGAAGAGGAUAAAAUUGAGAUGGAAAAUUCAAAUAUUCAGGACUGGAGGCCGUUUGUAUAUGGAGGCUUAGCAUCUAUUGUUGCUGAAUUAGGUACCUUCCCACUAGACACAACAAAAACUCGUUUGCAAAUUCAAGGCCAAAAACAUGAUAAAAAAUAUUCUAAAUUAAAAUAUUCUGGUAUGAUAGACGCUUUAGCUAAAAUAACAAAACAAGAAGGUUUUAAAGGCUUAUAUUCUGGAAUUAGUUCUGCAAUCUUGAGGCAAGCAACUUAUGGAACUAUUAAAUUUGGAACUUAUUAUUCUCUUAAGCAAAGUGCUACAGAUAGGUGGGGAACUAAUGAUAUAGUUUUAAUUAAUAUUGUAUGUGCAGCAAUAGCGGGAGCUAUCUCAAGCGCAAUAGCAAACCCAACCGAUGUUGUGAAAGUUCGGAUGCAAGUUACCGGUGUUGAAGCAAACUUAACUUUAUACGGUUGCUUCCAAGAUGUUUAUCAGUACGAAGGUAUCCGCGGCUUAUGGAGGGGAGUUGGUCCAACUGCGCAAAGAGCAGCAAUUAUUGCAGCAGUGGAGUUGCCAAUAUAUGAUUUUAGUAAAAAAGAGUUAUUACCUUAUAUAGGGGAUAGUGUUAAUAAUCAUUUUAUAUCUAGUUUUAUUGCAAGUAUGGGAAGUGCUGUGUCAUCUACUCCAAUUGAUGUUGUUCGAACACGUUUAAUGAAUCAAAGGAGGAUACAAACAGUUGAUGGAUCCUUACCUUCUUAUAUCUAUUCUAAUAGUAUAGAGUGUUUUGUUCAGACAUUCAAAAAUGAAGGCUUUUUUGCGCUCUAUAAAGGUUUCAUACCGACGUGGCUUAGAAUGGGACCUUGGAAUAUUAUAUUUUUUAUUACCUAUGAGCAAUUAAAAAAAUUUUAAACCAACUCAAACAAAUAUUGAAAAAAAGCAACAUCUUAUUAAAAAUGAACAUUGUUGUAGAAA